ACCCCUAGUUGGUGGUCAUAGAAAAAUUUAAAAAAUAUCUAAAAAAUAUAUAAAUACAAAAAAAGAAACGAACAUACAAAUUUUACUAGAUAUCUAAAGUUUGUGUGUGUGUGUGUAAAUUAAACGCGAUUUAGGGAUAAAAAAAAUGAAAUCCCUUACGCUAUUGAUAACGCUCCUGUGUUUUCUAACAUUCUCCGUUUUCGCUCAUCCACCAGAAGGAGUGUGGAAAAAAAAACUUGUUUGGAAAGAAGAUUGGGUGCAAAUAUGGAAGACUGUUAAAAAGGAAGCAUGGGAAACAAAAUGGAAAAAAGUUCAAGUUCCUGUAUGGAAAGAAAUACAAAUUCCAGUUUGGAAGGAAGAAAAAGUUCCAGACUGGAAAAUUGUUAAAAAGCCAUUAAUUGAAGAACGUGAAGUUCCAGCAUGGAAGGAAGAUAAAGUUCAAGUAUGGAAAAAAAUUACUAAACCAGUUUGGAAAUUAAUUGACGUUCCCGUAUGGAAAGAAAUUCAAGUUCCAGUAUGGAAAGAUAUUCAAGUGCCAGUUUGGAAAGAAAUCCAAGUACCAAUAUGGAAAGAAAUUCAAGUACCAUAUUGGAAAGAAAUUCAAGUACCAUAUUGGAAAGAAAUUAAGGUACCAGUCUGGAAAGAAAUACAAGUACCUAUAUGGAAAGAUAUUCAAGUGCCAGUAUGGAAGGAAGUUGAAGUACCAGACUGGAAAAAAAUUUGGGUACCAGAAUGGGUUAAAAUGGGAAUACCAGGUGAAAAGUAUUUAGGGAAAGAUCAUGAAGGUUGGGAAUAUACAAGUCAUGAUUUGUGGCGUAAAAAAUUAAUUUGGAAACCAGUAUGGAAAAAAAUAUGGCGAAAAGAAAAGAAACAAGAAUGGAAAACCGAGAAAAAACAAGAAUGGGUUACCAAAAAAGUUGAAGAAUGGAAAACCGAAAAAAAACAAGAAUGGCGUACAGAAAAAAAACAAGAAUGGCGUACCGAAAAGAAGCAGGAAUGGAUUACGAAAAAAGUUCAAGAAUGGAAAACCGAAAAAAAACAAGAAUGGAAAACCGAAAAGAAACAAGAAUGGAAACAAGAAAAGAAACUAGAAUGGAAAGAUGAAUGGAUACAAGUGUGGAAACCAAUUAAAAAACAAAUUUGGAUUAAAGAAAAAAGAGAAAAAUGGGUUGAAGAAAAACAACAAAUAUGGCGAAUUGAAAAGAAGAAAGUGUGGGCAACCGACAAAAAAUUAAUAUGGAAAGAUGAAUGGAAAUCAUAUCAAGCACCUAUUUGGAAAGAAGUUAAAGUACCUGCGUGGAAAAAAGUAUGGAAACCAAUAUGGGAAAAGGUUUGGGUGCCAAAUAGUCAUGGAUGGGAUUAAUUGUUGUACAUUUUAUAUAAUCCGGAAUAGAAUAUAAAAGCAAGUUAGGUACCACAUAUAACAAAUGAAGACGAAAGUAAACCACAAAGUUAAUAAGAAGAUAUAAAGGGUUCAAAAAAUAAUAAAAAAUAUAAGACUUAAUUCUUUCUUACUAGUACUGAAGAUAAUAGAAUAAAUAACAUUUUCGAGAUUGUGGAGCUCUUCUCACAUAAUGUAGUAAGCAUUCCAGGUAUUUAAAUGGCGAACGGACCAUGGACUAAGCUAAAAUGUUAUGUAAAAGUUGUACUCUUCUAUUAAUUUUGUGAGUUUCCAUUUUUUUGUACAUAGUCAUUUCAUUCAUUCUUUAAAAUAAAGUAUUUUUAAGUGUAUAUCAUAUAUUUUUAUAUACAGCUUUAAUAAUAUAAUGUUACGAAUUUAUUCAUAAUAUAUAUACAAUAAUAUACGCGCGUAUAUGUUUCUCGGUUUUUAGUCAUGUUGUUAUUUAAAAAAAUUAUAUUUGAUCACAACAUUAUGUUAAUGAAUCUUAAGAUAUUUUAGUUGAGUAAAUUAAAGUUUAACUUCGCCACUAAGAGACUGCGAUUCUUUAUAAGAUGAUCUAUUUGUUGCAGUGCAAUUCAAGUAAUAGAAUCAAGUGCAAUUUCAAUUUUUAAAGUAUAGAAAAAUUUGAAUAAGAAAUGGAAAUUCCAAAAACUGAAGCAAGAUUUUUAACUACCUUUGUUCUACCAAGGAAAUAGUGAGUAGAAAAGAAAUUUCAAGUUACUAUACUAAACUAUUAAGUUCAAGAUCUUAGACUCACACAUAAUAAUCAAUAACAGCAAAAUUUCCAAAUUUCGAAUGACCAUUUAAAAAGUAAAUAAAUAAUAAUAUGAAAAGUUGCACCAUCCAUCCAUAUGUAUAGAAGAAAAUUCCAUUGAAAUUACUAGUCCCUAGUUAUGUUGCUAUACUGUCGUUUUAAGUAACC